AGUUGGAGAGACAAUACCAGGACCUGACGCAACAGCAUCAGGAGUUGGCACAGCUCCGCCGCAUGGUGCAGAGCCACGAGGAUGCAACUCGGGUACUCAAUGCCCGAUUGCUGGACCUGGAACAGACUGCACCAGGACCAGCUGUUGGGGCUUCCAGCAGUGCACCCUCUAGCCGCCAACUGGAGGACCGCGUUGACCACGUAGUGGCAAUGCUCGGCGACAUCAGCACUUUCGCUGCGCCGACCACCACCAUCAGCAGUCAGCUGUAUACAUUGAAGACCGAGGUCCAGAAGCUGCAGUCGACGAACGCGGACGACAAUCCGAAGAUGUACAAGAUGCCAACUUUCAACCUGGAGAGGUUCGACGACUACACGCAGCAGGAUCCGGUCCUCUGGUUGGAAGCAUUCACAACGCAAGUCAGGAUUCUGCCCGUAGCCAAGCAUGCGCACUUCGACGCCUUGUUCCUGAACUCAAAGGGCGGAUGCCAGACCUGGUUGACCCACUUGGCAACCUCCCACGGCGUCGACGUACCGGACUUGAAGGACAAAAUCACAUGGGAGGAACUGACACGGCUGUGGAAGAAGCGGUUCAUAGUCGAUGACGCGCCGACACUCGCCAUCAACCGUUUGUUCACCAUGUCACAAGGCAACACUGCAACACGGGAUUGGCUCACAGAGUGGCAGAAGAUUGCGGCAGUGCCCAAUCUGGAGCUGCCUUUCACUCAUCUCAGACGUGAGUUCUACAACAGGUCCUACGCUGCAUUGAGCCAGGCUCUUGGUGAUCGCGAGCAGUACUCAACCUUUGCUGAGAUUAUUGACAAAGCAAGGGACAUCAUCAAGACCAACAGGUCAGCUGCACACGAGAAGUCACCAUGGCAGCCGACCUAUGUGAAGAAGGUACGAACUGGUCCGCGACAGCAGCACUUCGCUGCAGUCCACCAGGACAGUGGAGAUAACCCAGCAGCCACUCCAGCAUCAAGUGACGGAGAUCAGGUGGCUGCUGUCCAGCCGCGAAGCAACAACAAGUCCCGCAACAAUGGGAAGGCGAAAUCCGCAUCGCAGGCCGGAAAUGGAUAGCCAGGACARUUUCCAUGGGUCAAGUUUGGCUUGACCGAG